GCAUGGGCUAUGUUGUGUGAACCAACCACGAAGUAAAAUCGCCAUUUUCCCCGAAUUUUUUGUGUAGCAUUGUUUACAAACAUAGCCCAGAAAUAUCCACGAAAAACGGUCAAUUUAAAGUCAAAGGUACCAAAAUGGCGUCUCUGCCGCCAAAGAGGAAGGAGAUCUACAAAUAUGAGGCACCGUGGACAUUGUACAGCAUGAAUUGGAGCGUCAGGCCCGAUAAAAGAUUCCGCUUGGCAGUCGGUAGUUUUGUCGAAGAAUACAACAACAAGGUUCAGAUUGUGUCAUUGAAUGAAGAGACGUCGGAGUUUGAAGCCAGGAGUACGUUUGAUCACCCAUACCCUACCACCAAGAUCAUGUGGAUUCCAGACAGUAAAGGUGUGUUCCAAGAUCUGGUGGCCACCAGCGGUGAUUACUUAAGGGUCUGGCGGGUGGGCGAGACCGACACCAGACUCGAAUGCCUUUUGAAUAAUAACAAGAACUCAGACUUCUGUGCCCCACUGACGUCCUUUGAUUGGAACGAAGUAGAUCCUAACCUUCUAGGAACCUCCAGCAUCGACACCACGUGUACGAUAUGGGGCCUGGAGACCGGCCAGAUGCUGGGAAGGGUCAACAUGGUGACUGGACACGUCAAAACACAACUCAUUGCUCACGACAAAGAGGUUUAUGACAUAGCAUUCAGUCGUGCAGGAGGAGGCAGGGACAUGUUUGCGUCUGUGGGUGCGGACGGCUCGGUCCGGAUGUUUGAUUUGAGGCAUCUUGAACACUCAACGAUCAUAUACGAGGAUCCACAACACCAUCCCUUGCUGCGACUCGCCUGGAAUAAACAGGAUCCCAACUACCUGUCCACCAUGGCCAUGGAUUCAUUUGAGGUGAUUAUUCUGGAUGUGAGGGUACCCUGCACACCAGUCGCUAGACUCAACAACCACAGAGCCUGUGUGAAUGGCAUAGCCUGGGCUCCACACUCAUCUUGCCAUAUCUGCACUGCAGCGGAUGAUCACCAAGCCCUGAUCUGGGACAUCCAGCAAAUGCCGCGAGCCAUCGAAGACCCCAUCUUAGCAUACACCGCCGACGGAGAGAUCAACCACAUCCAAUGGGCUUCCACUCAGCCGGACUGGAUUGCCAUCUGCUACAACAACUGUCUGGAAAUACUCAGGGUCUGAACCAGAGUCCCAAUCAAUCACAAGUCAUCAUAAGCUAGUCGCAAGUCAAUCACAAGUCAUCACAACACAUCACAAGUCAAUCACAAGUCAUUCAGCCGGACUGGAUUGCCAUCUGCUACAACAACUGUCUGGAAAUACUCAGGGUCUGAACCAGAGUCACAAUCAAUCACAAGUCAUCAUAAGUUAGUCGCAAGUCAAUCACAAGUCAUCACAACACAUCACAAGUCAAUCACAAGUCAUUCAGCCGGACUGGAUUGCCAUCUGCUACAACAACUGUCUGGAAAUCCUCAGGGUCUGAACCAGAGUCCCAAUCAAUCACAAGUCAUCAUAAGUUAGUCGCAAGUCAAUCACAAGUCAUCACAACACAUCACAAGUCAAUCACAAGUCAUUCAGCCGGACUGGAUUGCCAUCUGCUACAACAACUGUCUGGAAAUACUCAGGGUCUGAACCAGAGUCCCAAUCAAUCACAAGUCAUCAUAAGUUAGUCGCAAGUCAGUCACAAGACAUCACAAGUCAUUUAACAAGACUGGAUUGCUAUCUGCUACAACAACUGUCUGGAAAUACUCAGGGUCUGAACCAGAGUCACAAUCAAUCACAAGUCAUCAUAAGUUAGUCGCAAGUCUGUCACAAGUCAUUCGCAAGUCAUCACAAGUUAUUUUCAAGGCGUCACAAGUGAUUCAAACAGACUGCUACAACAAUUGUGUGAAAGCAGUCAGGGUCUGAAGCAGAGUUGCAAUUGAUCACAAGUCAUCAUCAGUUAGUCGCAAGUCUGUCACAAGUCAAUAACAGGACACCACAAGUCAAUCACAAGUCAUCACAAGUCUGACUGCUACAACAAUUGUGUGAAAACAGUCAGGGUCUGAAGCAGAGUUGCAACUGAUCACAAGUCAUCAUAAGUUAGUCGCAAGUCUGUCACAAGUCAAUCACAAGACACCACAAGUCAAUCACAAGUUAUCAAGAGUCUCUCUACCAUACGGGAUUUCCAUCUGCUACAACAGGUGUCUGGAAACACUCAGGGUCUGAAUCAGAGUCGCAAGUCGUCAUAAGUUAGUCACAAGUCUAUCACAAGGCAUUCACAAGACAUCACAAGUCAUCACAAAUCUCUCAAUAAGCCAUUUGCGAGUUAAAUUUGAAUAA